AUGUUAGAACACUAUACACCUCAUCCCAUUCGAGUUUGUGUCACUGGAGGUACAGGUUUUGUUGCUCUCCAUUUAAUUUAUCAACUCCUUCUCAAAGGUUAUCAUGUAAACACCACCAUGAGAAAUGUCUCUACAGGAAAACCACAAAUCAUACAGGCCUUACUUAAUUACCACUCUUCAGAUCCAGAGAACUCAAUUGCAACACUUUCUCAUGAUUUAUUGGAAGAACGUUUGACAUGUUUUAACGCAGAUUUGAAUCAAGAAGGAAGUUUUGAAAAAGCCAUUCAACAUUGUCAAUUUGUCCACCAUACGGCUUCUCCAGUAGCAUUGGAUGUCAAGGAUCCUCAAAAAGAGUUGGUAGAUACGGCUGUUCAAGGUACCUUGAACGUAUUGCGAGAGUGUGAAAUUGAGAAAAUGGCAACAACAGCAACAAAUUGCAUCUCAUGA